AUGUGCAAGAACCAACAGAGUGUUUUUUUCACGGCGGACAACGCAUCUGAGCCGGCUUACGAUGAAAUCCUUUAUUUUGGUAGUUCGUGGGACGCGCUGAAAAAGAUGAGCAGUUUACAGGAUCAACAACGCGAUCCGUGGCAUCAGUUUGAAGGCGGCGAGUAUCUGUUUGGCAGCGACAUGUCGGAGCUUGGGGCGUCGUCCGGGACCGCGUCCGGCGCGGUGUCGGGCGCGACGUCGGGAGCGACGUCCGCGUUCCAACUGACUUCGUCGCCGCUGUGGCAUCACGUACCGCCGGGCCACUACGUGGGCCCCGGUGCGGACGCCGGCGCGGUCCCCACGCCGGCUCUGUCUGCGGCGCCUGCGGCGCCGCAGACGGCGCAACGGGCUCAGCCUUUCCAUCAGGAAGUGUCGCGGGCGGCAUAUUCCGCGGCGGGCGCGGCCCACCCGCACCCUCGCACGCUGGUAAAGUCCAUGUCGUUUUCGGAGGGCAUGGAGGACUCCAUGGCCGAACAUCUGUUUUUGCCAGACAGCUUCGCAUACGACACGGUUCCGUGGCAGUUCACGCCCCGGAGCAGCGGUUCGGACGAGCCGCUGCAAUCUUUCUACGAAAAACAGCAAGAACCCAUGCGGUCCGAGGUGCAAACGCCGUGUUCGGUCGGAUCGGAGCCCCCCAGCGCGGAGCCCACCGUGCCAGCCACUCGUGCCGCGCGCAGCGCCAACGACGAAUUCUAUGAUCGCUUUUACAACGCCUUCAACAACAUGGACCCGGAGCCGGUCUCCAGCAAGCGGCUCUCGGUCUACGAGCAGCUCAUUGCGGACAAGCCCCUCAUGGACGCGCUGUCCAAGAAGGUCAAGCGCGGCUACUACAGGUGCGCUCACUGCCCCAAGAUGUUCUCGAGCGUGCUGGACUACGCAAAACACAUCGACGAGUUCAACAUCCGCCGCGAGUACAAGUGCCCCUUCAAGCUCUGCCCAUGGAAAAUCCUAGGCCUCCCUCGCCGGCCCGAGUUGAGGCGCCAUUGCGCUAUACAGCACAAAACCGAGAUCCCCCGCGAGCUCAAGUCGGUCUUGAAGCUCUGCGACUCGGAUUUCCCCAUCAUGGAGUGUCCAUCUCCUUACUGCAACAAAAAGUUUUACCGCAGAGAUUCGUACGCCCGCCACGUCUCCAUGGUGCACGAAAAAACCGAAAGCAGGUUCAACAAGAGGUUGGCCAAAGUGCUCAUGGAAUGUCCGUACGCCCCACGCAUGGACGAGCACAAGAAUUACGUGAUAAAAGAAAUGAGCAAGCCCAAGCGGAAAACUAAGUAG